AUGUCCGAACAGAACACUCAAAACCCUGAUCUGGUGUACUCGCAAAAUGCCAUGAGCCAAAAUCCGACGUACUCACCAAGCGCCGAUAACACUGAUGUGGAAUGUUCACAGAACAUCAGUGAUUCAGAUGAAACAUAUGAGUCAGAUGUCUGCCCAGAACCAGCACACAGGCCGGCUACUAUUGACAGUGAUUGCAAUCCCCGAACCACGCCACUUACCGCUGUCUCUGCAGAAGCUGAUACUGGCCCUUCUGUUCGCCCUAAAUCUACCUUCACGCCUACUAACAACGACCCCCACAUCAAGCCAUACGCUAUCAGGUAUCAGGGAGAUGGCGAGAAUGGAAUACUCGCAGGACGCGGCACACCGUACGCCGUUAGGUACCAGGAAGACGACGAUGAUGACAUUACGACAUAUGCUGUCGCCCACAUGAGCCAAUAUGACAUGACUGACGUAAGCCGACGUGACGCGCCCAUGAAUGAUGGUGACACAUCAGCCUCACACAGGAACAUGCAGAGAAUUCGACAACACUGGAGGGCACUUCAGCACCAAGGAGUCAUAGAUCCGACUACCAUGCGAAACGCCCUCAACCAAAAUCCGAUGUAUGUACCAAACAUUCCCCAACAAGCAGCUCGCAGAAGCCAUGGCAAAAUCAUAAAGCCGGAGAAGAUCACACUUGGCGGGAAGGGAAAAAGCCCAGGGCAAUUCAACUAUCCCCGCGGAGUGGCCAUGUCUGUUGACAGUGAAAUAUAUGUGGCAGAUAUAUACAACAGACGGGUCCAGGUCUUCAGCAAAAACGGGGCUUUUCUCCGCUUCUUCAAAACUGUAUACACAGUACCGGGUCAGACGAAGCGAACUAUUGCCCCCUACGAUGUUGCAAUUGACGCAAAGGGAUUUAUAUGGGUUGCAGGAGUAGUUCGUAUAAAUGGAAUAAAAGUAGUAAAGUACAGCCAAAGCGGCCAACAAAUCUUCACAAUCGCCUUCACAGCCUCAGCUUAUACCCCAACCAUUGCAGCAAACGCACCAAACAACAACAUCGUUGUUGCUGCGAAACCCAAUUUUAUUUUUGUGCUUCGGCCCGACGGCUCGUUAUACAAGAGAUUCCAGUUGGUUCGUGGAGUAGAAAGUGGUUACGUCGCAUUCAGUAAUGAAGGAAAUAUUCUUUUCACCGACGUAAGGAGUCAAGCUGUCCAGGUGUACACUCAAGAUGGAGGCAAGCUUUUCCAGUUCGGAGGCAAAGGUAGCGGUGAAGGUCAACUGCGACUUCCUAUGGGUAUCUGUACGGACAGCUCGGGUCACAUCUUCGUCUCCAACAGGAAAAAUAAAAGGAUUGACAUGUUCACCAGCCGUGGGAAGUUUGUCCGCACGGUCGUUCGCAUGAAAUCUCCAUGGGGUCUUGCUUGUGGCCCGGAUCGGCAGUUGGUAGUGACCCAUGUACGGUCUCACACAAUAACCAUCAUCCCUCGCGAGUUGGUAUUGCUGUGA